UGUAGGUGUUUCAUGGGUGUGUCUAAUGGCCUUUUUUGUCUACAAGCCGGCCAUUGAUUAGACUAGCUAGCUGCCUCCAUUUCUCUACUAUAUGUACUAGGCUCGCUAGUAUGGCUACUCCUCAUAAGGUUGAUUUCCACUGCCACAUCCUUCCAGAGCGGUGGCCAGAUUUAAAGGAGCGCUAUGGCUAUGGCGGCUGGGUGCAGCUACAGCAUCACUGCACAGGCAAGGCCAGGAUGAUGAGGGAUGGGCAACUGUUCAGAGUGAUCGACCACAACUGCUGGAACCCACAGGCUCGGAUCAAAGAGAUGGACGAAACAGGAGUGACAGUUCAAGUGCUAUCAACAGUUCCAGUCAUGUUCAGCUACUGGGCUAAACCAGAGGACACAUUGGACUUGUGCAAGCUCAUCAAUGAUGAUCUAGCUGCCACAGUCUCCAAGCAUCCAACUCGCUUCACUGCUCUAGGUACUCUACCAAUGCAGGCACCCAAGCUAGCCGUGCAAGAGCUCACUAGAUGUGUCAAGGAGCUGGGAUUCUCUGGGGUGGAGAUUGGGUCUCAUAUUCGCAAUGGCGAGGGAGAGGAUUGGAACCUUGAUCAUCCAGAGCUACAGUGUGUGUUUGCAGCUGCUGAAGAGUUGGGGGCUGUUAUAUUUGUCCACCCUUGGGACAUGGCUCUAGAUGGCCGCAUGAAGAAAUACUGGCUACCUUGGUUAGUUGGCAUGCCCAGUGAGACCGCAGUGGCUAUAUGCUCACUGCUCAUGGGAGGAGUACUAGAGAGGCAUCCUAAACUAAAGGUGGUGUUUGCUCAUGGUGGAGGAGCUUAUCCAUACAUCAUAGGACGUGUAGAACAUGGCUAUAAUGUACGCCCUGAUCUCUGUGCCACUGACAACCCCAUCAAUCCAAGGAGCUACCAACUGUACACUGACUCUUUGGUUCACGAUGAAGCUGCCCUCAAGUACCUGGUGGGCACAGUGGGUGUGGACAAUGUGGUACUAGGCAGUGAUUAUCCAUUUCCUCUGGGAGAGCAUCAUCCAGGCAAGCUCAUCGAGUCUGUCCAAGACUGGGACCAGGAGACUAAGGAUAAACUGCUGAGUGGAAAUGCCUUCAGACUAUUGAACUUGAAGCCAGAACAGUUUCAGCAGUAGCUGUGUCAUAUCAGCCACUAACCUUGCAUUGUGUGUAGUCUGUGUGUUGCAAUAAUUAUAAUUAUGGUGUAAUUAUGAUGACGUAAUGGUGUGUCAUGUUUAUAAA